AUGCCUCUUUUUGAUGCUUAUCGCGAUUUAGCCACCCCGGUCUCAAGCGGAACUUCAACGGGCAAGCAAAAAAAAUCAAUUGUCGGCAGGUCGUUUCUUGACUCAUCCGGGAAGAAAUCAUCAGUCUCAAGAAAAACAAAGAAGAGAUCAUCUUCAGGGCUUAUCUUUUCAAUCUUUGAAAAAAAAACCAAUCUUAACUGUCGGGCCAAGUCUCUCCAUCCUCUAGAUCACGGAGUCAAUUGUUCUGGAUAUACCCCAUUUCUCCCUGCAUUCAUCUCACAAAUGCUUUUGUUAUAUCCAGGCCCUUCUGUCUCUUCCGAGAAUCAACAGUCGGCACUCCUGAAAUCAAUUCAAUCUAUUGAUCCAGAUAUCCGCGCAAUUGACUCCGCAUGGAUUCACAUCAUCCAUCCCCGAUCUGAGGAAUCUUCCAUUCUGCUGAAAGACCCUACUAGCCGAUUCGCUCAAAUUCUGGCCAGCUUAUUAGACUAUGGAACCGAUCUCCUAUCUGACCAAUCUCGCCAGCGAAUCGGCCAAAUCUUGACCCUCCCCCUUGGUUCAUCCCUGUCAAAUGCCUUCGUCGUCCGCUCGAGGCCUGGCACAAUCCCGCCCUGGUCGUCCAAAGCUACCGAUAUUGCCCGAAUCUGUCAGCUUUCCAACCAUGUGGAUCGGGUCGAGCGGAUCGGUUUACAUCUUCUUGAAACUGUCAGUGGCCAAGUCAAGGUUUUCGAUCAAGCUUGGCUGGAGUCAAUCGGUCAUCUUGUUCAUGACAGAAUGACUCAAGUGUGCUCGUCGUCUCUUCUAUCAUCCGAGGACGCUGUACCAACCCCAAAAACCGUCGGUUCCAGAAAAACGUUGAGGACCAUCAAUAUCUUCCCCGAUGAUCCAGAUCAAUCAUCAAGUGACGCCCUCCAGUUUGCUUGUACUCGGCUUCAAUCUGCCAAUCAAGAGUUUGGACUUGCCCUGGCACCCGAUGAAAUCAAUUAUCUUGCCAAUGCAUUUACUACCGGCUCAGAUGCUUCUCACCGACGAAAUCCAACCGAUGUAGAGUUGUUUAUGUUUGCCCAAGUGAAUUCUGAACAUUGCCGACACAAAAUCUUCAAUGCAAACUGGACUCUCGAUGGGCUUGCUCGCGAUCGCACCUUGUUCAGUAUGAUCCGUAACACUCAUGCCAAGCAACCAAAGUACACAUUGUCUGCUUAUCACGACAAUGCUGCAGUAGUUGAAGGUCCUACCGUCCCGCGAUUUGGCCUAUAUCCCAACAAAGCCUCCGACGUUCUCAGCGGAAAAUCUUACUCCAGCCAAACAGAACCGAUGCCUUAUGUCAUCAAGGUAGAAACUCACAAUCAUCCAACCGCCGUAUCUCCAUACGAGGGAGCUGCUACUGGCUCUGGGGGAGAGAUUCGUGAUGAAGGUGCUGUGGGGCGUGGCUCGAAGCCAAAGGCUGCGCUUGCCGGUUUUUCACUCUCCAAUCUGCACAUACCUGGUUUCUCUCAGCCGUGGGAAGUUGAAAAUUUCGGUAAACCGGCACACAUCGCAAGUAGUUUGGAUAUCAUCCUCCAAGCCCCAUUAGGCUCGAGUGCUUACAACAACGAGUUUGGACGGCCUGCUCUCUGUGGUUAUUUCCGCACAUUCACCCAACGUGUUCCAGCCCUCACAGGCCCUAACUCUGAGGAAAUCCGUGGUUUUCACAAACCAAUUAUGAUUGCUGGCGGUGUCGGGAAUGUCAGACCUCAGAUGAUCAACAAACGGAAAUUGAAACCCAACUCGAAGAUCGUCGUCCUUGGGGGACCGGGGAUGUUGAUUGGCUUGGGUGGAGGGGCGGCCUCUUCAAUUCAAUCGGGCGCUAGCUCAGCCGAGCUAGACUUUGCCUCAGUCCAACGUGAAAACGCCGAACUUGAGCGGAGAUGCCAAGAGGUGAUCGAUGCAUGUGUCAAUUUGGAUGAAGACGACAAUCCGAUUGAUAGCAUUCACGAUGUCGGUGCCGGCGGUUUGAGCAAUGCUCUUCCCGAACUUGUGCACGACAGUGGACUGGGUGGCCGAUUUGAACUCCGGGACAUCAAGAUCGAUGAUGAAACGAUGAGCCCGAUGGAAAUCUGGUGCAACGAAAGUCAAGAGCGCUACGUGAUUGGCUUGUCACCUACGGAUGAAGCUCUCGCCAGGUUUGAAGCAAUCGCCACACGAGAGCGGUGUCCGUAUUCGGUCGUUGGAGUCACGACAGACUCACAGGAAUUGAUCGUCACCGACCGCCUGUUCAGCAACACUCCUGUUCACCUCACCAUGGACACUUUGUUUGGAAAACCCCCCAAAGUAGAUCGAGUUUCGGCCACUACUCGCGCUGAACGCAAGAAGAUCGAUCUGAUGUCCCACUAUCCGACGGGGGUAUCUAUUUCAGACCUGAUCGGACACUGUUCUACGCGAGUCUUGCAACUGCCUUCAGUCGCUAGCAAGAGCUUCCUCAUCACGAUCGGGGAUAGAUCCGUUACCGGUUUGGUCACUCGAGAUCAAAUGGUAGGCCCCUAUCAGGUUCCAGUCUCGGACGUGGCAGUCACAAGGACUUCCUACGGCUUUGAUCUUGUUUCGGGCGAAGCCAUGGCGAUGGGCGAACGGUCACCAUUGAGCUUGAUAUCGGCGGCUAGCUCGGCCAAGAUGGCGGUUGCCGAAGCGCUCACUAAUCUGGUCGCCGCCGAUAUCAAUUCACUCGAGCAUGUCAAGCUCAGCGCCAACUGGAUGUGCUCAGCCAACCAUGGAAAUGAAGGCGCACGGCUAUUUGAGGCCGUCGAGGCCGUGGGUAUGGAGCUAUGUGCCGAAUUGGGUAUCAGUAUACCUGUCGGAAAGGACUCGAUGUCGAUGUCAAUGAAAUGGAAGGAGGAAGGCAAGACCAAAGAGGUCACGGCACCACUCUCACUCAUUGUGACUGCGUUUAGUGAGGUGGCAUCUGUCGAGAGGACCUGGACUCCAGAGUUGAAGGCGGGUUCUGCGCCGUCAGUGUUGGUAUUGAUCGAUAUCUCCAACGGACAAUGUAGGAUGGGUGGCUCAGCUCUUGCCCAAGUACACAAUCAGCUGGGCGACGAUUCACCGAAUAUUGACUGGAGUAGUCAUUUGAAAGGUUUUGUCGAUGGUUGUGUUGCCCUUCACCGUCAUCCCGAUCAGCCGGUUCUGGCCUAUCACGACCGAUCGGACGGAGGCCUUUUUGUCAGCUGUGUCGAGAUGAGUUUUGCGGCUCGUUUGGGACUCCAAUUGGCGCUUCCGGAAAAAUUCCAGACUCCCGAAGGUAUCUUAUCAUUCCUUUUCAACGAAGAAGCUGGUGCGGUGAUCCAAUGUGAAGAGUCCAAGGUGACUUUGAUAACCGAGACUUUUGCCCGAUUCGGUCUCCCGGCUUCGUGCAUUCAAGUCAUUGGGACGGUAUCUAGCGUGUCUAAGAUAGGCGAAGAUCAGACCGUUUCAAUCACUCAGCUUGGAUCAACAUUAUGGAGUUCGACCCGAUCUGAGCUUCAGUCAACCUGGAGUGAAACAUCUUAUCGUCUUCAGGCUAUCAGGGAUGAUCCUGAUUGUGCGAAGGAGGAAUUCGAACUGAUCAAAUCGAAUGCUGACCAAGGGAUGAUUUAUGAUGUCAAGUGUCCGCUCGAGUUUGAAAUUUCGAAAAGUCCACUGAACGAUCGACCCAAGGUCGCAAUCCUUCGUGACCAAGGUGUCAACGGACACCUCGAAAUGGCCUUUGCGUUCACUCAAGCUGGCUUCAAUGCAAUCGAUGUCCACAUGACGGACAUCAUCAAUGAUGAGAUCUCGUUGGAUCAAUUCAGAGGGAUGGUCGCGGUGGGUGGCUUCAGUUAUGGGGAUGUGCUGGGUUCUGGAAAUGGAUGGUCCAAGUCGAUCUUGCUGCAUGAAGAAACCAAGACGAAGUUCGAGAGCUUCUUCAAACGGCCCGAUAGCUUCAUGUUGGGGGUCUGUAACGGCUGCCAGAUGCUCACCAAUCUCGCCGAGAUCUUGCCGGAGAACAGGAUCAAUAACCAGCCGGUUUCGAUCGGCCAAAGCUGGCCGAAGAUGAAGAAGAACAAGAGUCAACGCUUCGAAGCCCGGAUCUCGAUGGUCCAUGUCCCCUCGAAUGAGAUCAAUCAAAGAUCGGUCUUCCUCAGGUCGCUUCAAGGCUCCCGCUUGCCGAUCGCCGUUUCCCAUGGAGAAGGCAGGAUCGACUUCACCCAUCAUCAUCAUCAUCAUCAACAACAACAACAAGAAGAGCAAUUCCUUCCAGCGCUUCAAUACAUCGAUCGGACCAACCUCCAAGCGACUGAAAAUUACCCCCAUAAUCCGAAUGGCUCGCUCAACGGAAUCACAGGCUUCCAUGCCGGCAACGGCAGGAUCCUGGCCUUGAUGCCCCAUCCCGAACGCAAUAUCUCCCUCGAAUCCGUCCGCUGCUUUAAGGUCUCUAAGGAUAAUCUUAGUCUUGAUCCGCUUAAUCCUAUCUUUGCUUGGUUUAAAAUGUUCGACGAUUGUCGAAAGUGGUGUGGUUGAUUUCCCCCCCCCUUUUUUUUUCUUUGUCUCUUUUUCUUGACAUCAUGUCUCUCUCUCUUCUUUUUUUUCGCUCUCUUUUCUUUUGAUCUCUUUGCUUCUUUUGUUUUUUGGUUGAUUUUUUUUUGUGUGUGUUCUGAGAGUCUACUUUCUUUCUCUCUUGUUCAAUCUUCAUAUCGGCCUGGAUUUGUUUUCUCUCUCUCUCUCUCUCUUUUUUUUUCUCAUCCUUUUUUGUUUUUUGUUUCCUUGUGUGUUCGUUUUGUCCAGUAAAAAAACAUAAAUAUCAUGGAGUUGGAUUUCUUGGGGUGG